AGUCCACUCGCUGCUGCUUUUUCCGUCCCCAUCAACUGCUCCGUCUCCAUCAUCUCUCUCUAUAGAGCUCCGACCCUCUGCGGUCAUGGCUACAGUCCUCGACUCCGUCGUCGCUCCCCGAUCCUCCGCUCUCCCUUCUUCAGCCGCGCUCUCUCCGAUCGCGGCUCCCUCCUCGCCCUCGUCCUUGUCCGCCGGCGCUCGGUUGCCUCGCUACAGAGGCCUCAAGGUGGGAUCGGCUCUCCGAACUCGCUCCGGCGGAUCGCUGAGUUACGGUCCUGCUUCCGGACGAGCGAGCCGCCGUGGUGGACUCGUCGUCUGUGAGGCUCAGGACACCGCCGUGGAAGUGCCGGCUGUUAGUGAUGCAACAUGGCAGUCACUUGUCCUUGAUUCUGAAACCCCUGUUUUGGUUGAAUUCUGGGCUCCGUGGUGCGGGCCUUGCCGUAUGAUCCACCCUAUAAUUAAUGAACUGGCAAAGCAAUAUGUUGGGAAGCUCAAAUGCUACAAAGUUAACACUGAUGAGAGCGCUUCAAUUGCAACCCGGUAUGGGAUUCGAAGUAUCCCAACUGUCAUCAUAUUCAAAGGUGGUGAGAAAAAGGAUGCCGUUAUUGGUGCUGUUCCCAAAUCUACAUUAUCCACCAGCAUAGAGAAGUUCUUGUAGAGGUGGUAAGUAAUAGUUGCCUUGCUGGGUCUAAGCUGCAACUUGUAUCUGUUUCUUCUCUUUCGAGGUUCUUAUGUCUCGGGGUUGAGAUACAUCUCUCCCAAAAUAAACUCAUGUCUGCUCCUGUAUAGUUAGUUAUCUGGAUGACGCUGUAACUAUUUCUUUCCUUUACGAGAAUGUUAGUUACUCAGUAAAUUAUUAACUUAGUGCCUCUUUUAUAAUGUUAAUCGUACGUGUGGAUUAUCUUUGA